ACAUCUGAAUCAACAACAACUACUGAACCAACAUCUCCAACAACUACAGAAACAUCUGCAUCUGAAUCAACAACAACUACAUCUCACUUACCAACCACUGAAUCAACAACACCGCCAUCUACACCUCAAUCAAUAACAUCUACAUCUGAAUCAACAACAAUCCCUGCACCAACGUCUACAUCAACAUCUACAGCUUUAUCAGCAACAAUCCCUGCACUAACAUCUACAUCAGCUGCAACAACAUCUACAGCUCAAUCAACAACAUCAUCACCAACAAUCGCUGCACCAACAUCUACAAUUCAUUCGACAACAUCCACUACAACAUAUACAUCUGAAUCAACAACAACCACUGAACCAACAUCUACAACUACAGCAACAUCUACAGUUCCAUCAACAACACCUGCUUCGACAUCUACAUCUGAAACAACAACCCCUGCACUAACAUCUACAUUAACUACAGAAACAUAUACAGUUCCAUCAACAACAACAACAAGCCCUGCUCCAACAUCUACAUCAGCUACAGCAACAUCUACAACUCAAUCAGCAACAAUGACGUCAACAACAACAACCCCUGGCCCAACACCUACACCUCAAUCAAGACCACCUGCUCCAACAUCUACAUCUGAAUCAACAUUAAUCCCUGCACCAACAUCAGUUAACCAAACAGCUACAGCUCAGACAACCCCUGCACAAACAUCUACAUCAACUACAGAAACAUCUAAAGUUCCAUCAACAAACACAACCCCUGCACCAACAUCUACAUCAGCUACAACAUCAUCUACAGCUCAAUCAACAACAACAUCAUCAACAACCGCUGCACCAACAUCUACACCUCAGUCAACAACAUCUGCUUCAACAUCUACAUCUGAAUCAACAACAAACCCUGCACCAACAUCUACAUCUCAAUUUCUAACAGCCUCUUCACCAAUGUCUACAUCAACUACACUGACAACCACAACUCAGGCAGCAAUACCAAAAUCUACAUCCACUACAUCAACAACUCAUUCAACAACUGCAUCAACAUCCACAGCUCAACUGACAGCUGUACCAACAUCUACAUCAACUGCACCAUCUACAAUUCAAUCAAUAACAUUUACACCAACUUCUACAACUCAAACAACUACCUACAUGUUCAACAACCGCACCAACAUCUACCACUACAUCAACAACUACUGCACCAACAUCAACCACUCCAUCAACAACAACUGCACCAGUCACAACAUUAACGGCACCAACAUCUACCACUCCAUCAACAACAACUGCACCAACAUCAACCACUCCAUCAACAACAACUGCAGCAGCCAUAACAUCAAUGGCACCAACAUUUACCACUCCAUCAACAAAUACUGCACCAUCCACAACAUCAACGGCAUCAACAUCUACCACUCCAUCAACAACAACUGCACCAACAUCAACCACUCCAUCAACAACAACUGCAGCAGCCAUAACAUCAAUGGCACCAACAUUUACCACUCCAUCAACAAAUACUGCACCAUCCACAACAUCAACGGCAUCAACAUCUACCACUCCAUCAACAACAACUGCACCAACAUCAACCACUCCAUCAACAACAACUGCACCAGCCACAACAUCAACGGCACUAACAUCUACCACUCUGUUAACAACAACUGCACCAACCUCAGCAACAACUGCACCAACAUCUACCACUCCAUCAACAAUAACUGCACCAACAUCAACCACUGUGUCAACAACAACUGCAUCUACCUCAGCAACAACUGCACCAACAUCUACCACUCCAUCAACAACUACUUCACCAGCCACAACAUCAACAACAUCAAUGGCAUCAACAUCUACCACUCCAUCAACAACAACAGUACCAACAUCAACCCCUCUGUCAACAACAACUGCACCAACAUCUACCACUCCAUCAACAACAGCUGCACCAACCUCAACAUCAACUGCACCAAUAUCUUCCACUCUACCAACAACUGCUGCACCAACCUCAACAUCAACUGCACCAACAUCUACCACUCCAUCAACAACUGCUGCACCAACCUCAACAUCAACUGCACCAACAUCUACCACUCCAUCAACAACAACUGCACCAACCUCAACAUCAACUGCACCAACAUCUUCUACUCCAUCAACAACAACUGCACCAACCUCAACAUCAACUGCAGAAACAUCUACCACUCCAUCAACAACAACUGUACCAACAUUUACCACUCUGUCAACAACAACUGCACCAACCUCAACAUCAACUGCACCAACAUCUACCACUCCAUCAACAACUGCUGCACCAACCUCAACAUCAACUGCAGAACCAUCUACCACUCUACCAACAACUGCUGCACCAACCCCAACAUCAACUGCACCAACAUCUACCAAUCCAUCGACAACAACUGCACCAACCUCAGCAACAACUGCACCAACAUCCACCACUCCAUCAACAACAACUGCACCAACAUCCACCACUCUACCAACAACUGCUGCACCAACUGCACCAACAUCUACCACUCUAGUAACAACAACUGUACCAUCCUCAAUAUCAACAGCACCAACCUCAACAUUAACUGCACCAACUACCUAUCAACUACUACUAUCUACCACUCUAUCAACAAUAUCAACUGUGCCAGCAGUGACAUCAACUGGAUCAACAUCAACAGCUCAAACUACAUCAACUGCAUCAACAUUGAAAUCAACUGCAUUAACAUCUACAACUCGAACAGCAACACCAACAUUUACCUCUCAACUGACAACAACUCAACUUGUGUCUACAACUCAACCAGCAAGUCAAUCAACACCCUCAACUCCAGAAGCUGUCCUGCAAAAUGUGACAGCAGUUGCGUACAUAAGUUUCAAAAUGAGAUCCUUUGUUGAGCUGAGCAAUGAUGAAAUCGUUACAUAUAUUGAAAAGUUUUUCAAGCACACAAACAGUAGUGGGACCAUCAAGAUUACUGUGAAGAAAUUAAGAAAAUUGUUGACC